AUGCUGCCCGCUGGUCAGGAGGCUGACCACAGCUCCAUUGACCUGGAUAAGGCAUUCGCCCUGGCAUUUCUAGCCUUGCUCUGCCUCUUCCUCCUCACCAUGAUCAUCCGCUGUGCCCGCAUGGUCAUCGACCCCUACAGCGCCAUCCCCACCUCGACUUGGCAGGAGGAGCAGAUCUCAAACUGA